CCCACUCCCACUCCCUUCUCUCUCUCUAUCUUUAUAUACCUCACUUUACUCCUAUUCGAUCUAGCUAACAACUACCAAGAGCCCAACCAAAUACACAACCCAAAAAUCAUCCUACUAUUCACUCAAAAAAUUAGAAAAAAAAUGUAUCAAAUAAAAGAAGAUGAUAAGUUGUUCUCAAAAUUGGUAACAAAAGAAAGUUCAAUGGCUAAUCCAUCAUUUAGAGUGUAUUAUGGUGGUAAUUCGGUAGGUGUGCCUUUCGUUUGGGAGGCGAAACCCGGUACACCAAAACAUACAAAGCACACUGAUUACUCAAAAGAAGAAGAAGAAAACAAGCAAUACCUCCCACCACUUACUCCACCACCUUGUUAUUACCUUAAGCAACCUAACAAGUUGCCUACUAAUGGUAAUAGCAAAAGGUCUUCAAGUAGAAUAUUUCUAGGUAAUUUGUUUUUGUUCCCUAAGAGUAUGCAUAGGAGGCAGAUCUCGACCACAUCGUCGUCUUCCUCAUCUACAUUGUCUUGUCCUUCAUCGUCGAUGUUAGUAUCAGAUGCAUCGACGAUGAGGAGCUCCGAUGAAAGCCGGAAUCUGAGUCUGAGUUUGAGUUUGAGUUUGAGCCGGAGUGGGAGUGGGAGUGGGAGUGGGACUAGGAGGAGGAGGACGUUGUCGAGUCCUGGAUCAUUGUUUGACUUCCUUGUCAAUGGAGAUCAAGAAGAUGUUGAAGAAGAAGAUAUGAGAAGUCCUAGAUCGGUUUUCUGCUUUGGGCUUGGUUGUAGUAGGAGGAUCCGUAGUUGUUGACUAUUUUAAGGUGUGGCUUGUCGCAUGCAAUCAACAAAAAUAACCAUGGAAAUUAAACAUGCCCACUUAAUUUAUAUUUUAGUAAAAUCUUGUCUACCUUUGUUAAAUUAGUUCUUAAUAUGUAGAUGCAAACAAACUAGACUUCUUUUUUUUCACCUUAAUUAAUUAGCUUUCUUUUAUAAUGUACUUUUGUUUACAUGUUUUUUUUGUUGAUUGUAGGCCUUAAUGCCUUAUUACAUGUGAGUUGUGAGUUUGUGACGCGAGACAGAGAUCUCAAUGUUGUACAUUAUUGUAGAUCUGAAUCAUAUACUUCAUCUGUAUUUAUUUAAGUGAUAUACUUAUCUUUUCCGGCCA